ACACUUAUUAUAUGCAGUGCCACUGCUGUCCUGGAGGCUGGCAACAUUCAACAGUGUAGUGACGUGGAUAAUGACGACGUUUGUUAAAACUUUAUAAAGUAUAAAGACAUUGCAUAUAAAUUGGCUGGAAAGUUUGCUGGUUUAUAGUGACCCGAGUAUUUUAGGGCUCACGCUGUCUAGCCGUUUUUUAAUUGGAACUCGUUCCUUUUUUAUCCACUAAUACAAAGGCACAGUGAUUAGCACUUAGCUGGUGUAACGAGAACAACCUGUGCAUGGGUAGCGCAAGGAAGUUUAUCAAGUCAAAUGUAUGUAUACCACAGGACUCAGAAUAUGAAACUGGUUGAACGGGACGGGACUUGCGAGACCCUGGUUGAUGUUUAAUCCAUAGAAACGUUCGUCGAUCAGUUUGUUAGCUUGUUAACAUUAGCCACUCAACACAGACAUCAGGUUGCAAACUGUCAAUAUGGGCUCUCUGCUGCGGGGUGAAGAGAUGUGUUUGGCCCAACUAUUUUUCCAAUCCGGAUCAGCAUAUGACUGCAUCGGUGAACUUGGAGAACUGGGCAUUGUGGAGUUCAGAGACCUCAAUCCCAGUGUUAAUGCAUUUCAGCGAAAAUAUGUCAGUGAAAUCAAAAGAUGUGAGGAGAUGGAGAGAAUCCUUGGCUAUCUUUUGAGAGAAAUCAAGAAAGCUGAUAUUUCAUUGCCAGAAGGAGAUGUGAAUCCGGUGGCUCCUUUACCUAAACAUGUGAUGGGCAUAAUGGAGCAACUGCAGAGGCUAGAAGUGGAGUUGGGUGAGGUCAUGACAAAUAAGGAGAGAUUGCAGAAGAAUCUGUUGGAGCUCAUAGAGUACACACACAUGCUACGCAUCACUCGCAACUUUGGGCAAAGAACCGCUGAGAGAGAGCCGCUGCAAGUCACAUAUGAGGAGUUUCCUUUCCUAGAAAAACACAGCAUGAUGGACUACAGCAGCAUGCAGAGGCUAGGAGCCAAACUGGGUUUUAUGUCUGGACUCAUCCAGAGGGUGAAGAUUGAGGCCUUUGAGCGGAUGCUAUGGAGAGUGUGCAAAGGCUACACCAUUCUCAGCUAUGCUGAAGUUGAAGAGUAUCUUGAAGAUCCUGAUACUGGGGAGCCCACCAAAAGUGUGGUGUUCUUGAUCUCUUACUGGGGAGAGCAGAUUGGCCAGAAAGUGAAGAAGAUCUGUGACUGUUACCACUGCCAUGUGUAUCCAUAUCCCAGUAGCAAGGAGGAGAGGAACGAUGUUGUGCAAGGAUUAAGUACUCGCAUUCAGGACUUGCACACUGUACUUCAUAGAACUGAGGACUACCUGAAGCAGGUCCUGAUCAAUGCCUCAGAAUCGGUCUACACCUGGGUCAUACAGGUCAAGAAGAUGAAAGCUAUCUAUUACAUCCUCAACCAGUGUAGUUUGGAUGUCACCAACAAGUGUCUGAUCGCUGAGGUCUGGUGCCCUAUCAAUGAGCUUCCAGCCCUGAGAAGAGCACUAGAAAACGGAUCGAAGAAAAGUGGAUCCACAGUUCCUUCCUUUGUUCAUCGUAUCCCUACUAACGACACUCCACCGACACUGAUAAGGUCCAACAAGUUUACUGCUGGCUUCCAGAACAUUGUUGAUGCAUAUGGGGUGGGAACAUACAGAGAAGUCAACCCUGCUCCUUUCACAAUCAUCACAUUCCCCUUCUUGUUUGCUGUGAUGUUUGGAGACCUGGGUCACGGCCUUCUUAUGGCUUCCUUUGCCUUCUGGAUGGUGUUAUAUGAAAACAACCGCAAGCUAAAGAACACCAGAAAUGAAAUCUGGAACACAUUUUUUGAGGGCCGUUAUAUCAUCCUCAUGAUGGGCCUCUUCUCUGUCUACACUGGCCUCAUAUACAAUGACUGUUUCUCCAAGUCCAUCAACAUCUUUGGUUCUGGAUGGAGUGUGAAAGCCAUGUUCACAGCUCAAGCAUGGAAUAGUUCCGAGGAUGUCAACAGGAAUGGCCUUCUUACUCUGGAUCCAAAUGUUCCUGGAGUUUUCAGUGGACCAUAUCCACUCGGAAUUGACCCAAUAUGGAACUUGGCAUCCAACCGGCUUACAUUUCUGAACUCCUAUAAGAUGAAAAUGUCUGUCAUAUUGGGCAUCAUUCACAUGAGCUUUGGGGUGAUCCUCAGCACUUUUAAUCAUUUGCACUUUAGAAGGAGGCACAACCUCUACUUGGUAUUCCUCCCUGAACUCCUGUUCCUGCUCAGUCUGUUUGGCUACCUGGUGUUCAUGAUAUUCUACAAGUGGCUCUUCUACUCUGCCAGAAACUCCAGACACGCUCCCAGCAUCCUCAUUCACUUCAUAAACAUGUUCCUUAUGCAAGGUGAUACAGUGCAGCCCCUCUAUCCUGGACAGAGUGGCCUACAGAUGUUUUUAGUGGUCAUCGCUGUGCUUUCAGUGCCUGUCUUACUCCUGGGGAAACCACUUUACCUUUAUUGGCUUCACAAUGGAAGUCAUCGGCUAAGAAUGUACAGAGGCUAUGAGCGUGUGCGUCGUAGCAGUGAUGAGGAACUCUUCUUGUUGCGGACCCAUGACAUGGAAGAGGGCAGCAGUCAUAGCGAGCUCUCUACUAGCGGAGAGCAGCACACAGAGGAGUUUGACUUUGCUGAUGAGUUCCUGCAUCAGGCCAUCCACACUAUAGAGUACUGUCUGGGUUGCAUUUCCAAUACAGCCUCUUACCUCAGGCUCUGGGCUCUGAGUCUGGCACAUGCCCAGCUAUCUGAGGUGCUGUGGACCAUGGUGAUGCGAGUAGGACUACGAAUGGAAACAAGUCUUGGGGUUUUAUUCCUGGUGCCAGUGUUUGGCCUGUUUGCCUUUCUCACUGUGUCCAUCCUGCUGGUGAUGGAGGGCCUAUCUGCUUUCCUCCAUGCCCUUCGCUUGCACUGGGUGGAGUUUCAGAAUAAAUUCUACAGUGGGACUGGAGUCAAGUUUUGCCCUUUUUCCUUCUCUCUUCUACCCUCCAGCUUUGAACAGGAAGGUUUACUGUGACAGACAUUUUCUUGGUUGGUUAAGAAAGCUAAAAUGUGAUUGAUUAGUUCAGUGAUUUCAUAAAAUGAUUUGGAAUUUUUUGCUCACCCCUUACACCCUUUUGAAAUGUUGUGAAGUUUUAAGAGGACCACAACACAGUUAAGCAUUUGCAAGAACACUGCCAGUAUGAAAUGUACCCAAACUACUGCUUUUCUAUUAAUAUACUAUACAGUAUAUAUGUAACAGUCUGUUUUGUACCUUGAGCCGUAUGUGUUACUUGAGAGUAUUUUGUACAGUUAAGGAUUUAAUAUAGAAAAACUGUUUUCUUAUUAGGCUUCAUUUGUUAAUGUCUUGUGUAUGAGGAAGCACAUGUUCUGAAUCAAGAAUAGAUGAACACAAGAUAAAGUUAGAUUUUGCACAAUUAGUCAUGAUUAUCACCUGCGAUUUAGUAUUUAUAAAACAGUGUUGUUGUUUUUUUUAAACACACUCCUUAGCUUCAUUUAUUUAUUUGAAUCUUACUGUGUCCAUAAAUUCAUUUCUUUUUGCUUUUUUCCCCAAUUGUCAUUUACGGCGGAUUUGGUUUCCAAAUUGGUAGAGUGCAAUCCUACAAUAGUUUUAGUUGCACUGCUUAUCUUACAGAAGUACAACCAAAUAACAUAAUAGAUGAGUCUUCAGUUAGCCUUACGUUCUUCAUUUCUGAUACCAAAACACUUCAUAAGAUGUGAUGUUUUUCUUGUUUUUAAUUAAAAGUGCUCAAGAAGGAUUCAGAUGACGUGUAAAUACUUCUACAGAAUUAUUUUUUUAAUUUAUUUUAAAAUGCUUCUGAAUUAAAGAUGAUUUCACAGUUAA